AUGCAAGUCAUGAUUCAACAGCACUACAAUGAGAUGAGCGAUCUGUUGAUUCCAACAACAGAUGACACUAUGGAUGACAAGUACAUCACCACGUAUUCAUCGACCCGGACGCUCCUCCUCAUCACUUGUCGAGGAAUUCAAAACAGUGCGUACUUGAACUUCACAAAGCUUUAUCUUGAUAGAUUGGAAGAUGUUUCAAAGUUCAUUCCACCAGCUGCAGCAAUCAACCGUGCCUCGGUGCCACAACCAAGAAGUUGGGAGCCAACGAAUACCUCCCACCAUGCAUUCUACACGCAAGCAACCGUGAUGGUACCUCCGUCGGCCUCAGCAUCGACAGGAAGCAAGGCGACCCGAGGCGGCAUCGUACAGAACGCUUGGUACACGGAAACAAGGAAGCGACCUGACGUGAGGUGCUUGCAUGAUCGACUUUGUGCUCUGUGA